AUGAGUUUAAUUAUCGCCAGGCAAACAGGUGAACACAUUGACCCGGGGUUUUCUAAGAAGGAGUCUGACUUUGGUGAAUUCAGAAAGGAUGUGACCGUGCUCCCGCCAGGACCAUGUGUAUGUGGAAAAAGUUCAUAUGGUCCUUUGGAGGCAGACCGAAAACGACGGCGAGAUAGAGAAGUAAUGGAGUGGCAACGUUAUCACAAAACUGAGACGGAACCAUUGUCGUUAUGUUAUGCUAUGACCCCGAUACAGUAUAUGGGGAGCGGGAUUACCUUAGAACCAUUAGCUACCACGCGUUUGAUCGGGUUGUCUGUCCAUCCCAACGUGGUCGAAUACUUGGAAAACAAACAUAUAUUCGAACUGAAGCUGUCAUCUGAGAAGUCUAUUGGUGUACUGCACGUUCACAUAACGGAUGGGUCCAAAUAUCUUAACAUCGCUGGGAAUCACACGACAGUGCUCUGUAUUCGUGGUAUGGUCGUUGUAUCAUUAAUCGAUGAGGCUUUACGUAACAUUUACUAUACAAGUAUAUUAUAUGAUAUCAACGAUCGUGACAUUGUCCGUCUGCAAUUCAACAACAUCAGUGUGCCUAUACAUAUCCAUAUUAAAAGACAGACAGUGCCAUUCUUGAUCGACCCUGGCCCAGGUUCUAUCAGCAGAAAAGUCACCGUGGUAGUCAAGACAUUUGAACGUUAUAAUGCGGUGACUCGAUUUGUGAAAAGUGUGAAUCAGUUCUAUCCCGAAAUGACAAUCAUCGUAGCUGAUGAUUCUGAGACGCCACAAAAGAUCAAUGGCUCAAAUAUCAAGCAUUACAUUAUGCCGCACGCUGAGGGGGCAUCGGCUGGACGGAAUCUUGCUCUGAGCCAGGUCCGAACUAAGUAUUUUCUGUACUGCGACGACGACUUUGUUUUCACGAACGGAACCAAAUUGGAGAACUUUAUUAAUAAAUUUGAGAACCCGAAAGUGAAAUUAGACGUGAUUGGUGGAACAUUUGGCGACGAAAGGGGUAAAUCGAAACAAUCUUGUUUUGGAUGCCGUACAAUAUUGUGGUAUACAGGCGACCAAGACGGAGACUGCUUCAUUCGACACGGCGGACACAAAUACCACCCGAUUCCAGAGUAUCCUAAUUGCUACAUGGCCGACGCCAUCACUAUGUUUUUCAUGGCUCGGACCGAAGCGUUUCGUAGAGGGGUGUUCGACCCAGAAUACGAACGGGUCGGGCACACAGAAUAUUUCAUCAAUAGACUGGGGAAAAUUCGACUAGCGAGCUGUAACGAUGUUAAUAUUUUGCAUAGCCGACUAGCUAAUCCAACGUACAACAAAUACCGGGGGCGGUUGGUGGAUAAAGACGACCAACACAACAAUGUACAACAUAUGCUUUUCAACAUGAAUCUGAAAUGCUUCAGCCUGUAA